AUGGCGGCGAAUGCGCGUCCUUACCGGGGCUUCAUGUCUCCCUUCAUGCACCGCCAGUUUGGCUAUGUAAUGGGAUUGACGCUGGCCAUAUGCUACAUCUAUGCCAUGUGGCAAGGCCAAUUCAAUAGCUGGAUCUGGAUGUGGUUUGCCGCCGGCAUUCGCGCACUGCUCCUUUUCAUUGGCUUUCUUUUUACCCUGUGCCUUACCAUGGGACACACUCAUUCUGGCGAGCGAACAAAUCCCUCCGAACUGCAGACCUUCACACAAUACCUCUACAGCUUCUCCGCAGUCAGCACCUUUGUCUGCUAUGGUGCCUCUGCAUUCUGGUUCGGCAUGGUCUACAUCGUCUCGCAACCCGAGAAAUCGAACUUGGGCAUAGUCGACCCGGGGAAGACCUAUGAAAGAUCGAGGCUGAAUGAGCGCCCGCUUUACCUCUAUACCAUGCUUCUGCAGCUCUCUGUGGUUCAGGCCGGUUUCCAUCUCUACAGAGACUACGGCCGCCUACGCCUGCCUUUAAAUAAUCCGGCCUCGGCGGACGGCGUACCGCCCCGCUCACGCCAGGCCGCUCUCAAGCAAAGUCUCCUUCCCAUACUCCACGAUUCCAUCUCCCGCGUUGGCCUGUUUCUUAUCUUCGGCAACGUGACGUACUUCCUCUUCUUCAGGCGGAUGGUUUGGUGUGUUGGUUUUCCUUUCGCCAAGGCUCGCGACAGCACCAUUUACGGCUACAAGCCGCGUCCUGGAUUCAACCCAUUCGAGCUUACCGGGCGCCUGGCUAUCGAAGGAUUCAUGUUGACCUACCUCUGGGAGUUCACACACACGGCCAUGAGCAUCUACUUUUCUAAGGAGCCCGUGAAGAAGGACAAGGAACACAAGCCCAUCCCGAUCACCAACGACUCGAAGGAUCCAAAUGGCAGUUUGCUUUCCGGGCUGAGGGCCAAGAAGGACUUGGUUCGGUCAUACGCAUUCUGGGAACUUGCCAUAAUAUCCCAGCGCUUCCCGGAUCGCCGCGCGACCAUCUACAAGGAGAUCGAUACCAAGACCUUCAAAGCCGUCCUCGAGGCGUGCUUGACGGAGAUCACAGCAGUCAAAGACCGCAUCGAAGCCGUCAGCGCCCCACCGCCUCCCCCGCCCCCGACCGAGCAGGAGAUGGCCCAGCAGCGCCUCCAACUCGGCUACGCCCACAAGCCCCUCAUCAGCGAACCCCUCAAAUCCGACGACAUCUUCGCCCCCGUCGACGCCCCCGCCGGCCGCGCAGCGACGCAGUUCCGCCGCGCCAAAGACUUCGCCCGCUCCCAAGGCAACCACGCCGGCCCGCACCCGUUCGCGCCGCUCGUCCAGCAAGACCUCCCGCGCCUCAUCGAGCACACGACGCAGAAGCUGCCCCCCGUCAGCGCGCUGCACGCCUCCCUGCAACAGCUCCUGCGCUCCCCAAUCUUCGGCCCGCCCUUCCGCCAGACGUUUUCGCGGCGCGCCGCCGCCGUCGCCCUCGGCUCGCCCCACAGCCGCGCCGCGACGGUCGUCAACGCCGUCACCGCCCUCACCCAGCUCGCGCUGCGCAGCAUCGCCGAAGACGUCUACGGCGUCGUCAACCGCGACGUCGUCGCCAUCAUCCGCACCUUUGCCGCCGUCCUCGCGGCCCUGGAUGGCUUCGUCAAGGCGGGGCUGGACCCGCAUUGGACGGACGUCGCGUUCGAUCCGGAGAGGAGCAGGAGGUAUGAGAAUCUCGGUGAGGUGGGCGCGGUGGCGGGCGCGCUGCGGACGGGGUUGGUGGAGGUGUUGGCGGUUUUUGAGACGUAUCUCCGGGGGAUGGAGAUGAGCGAGAAGGAGUUGAGGGAGGCGAGGGAGUUGGUGGCGGCGGUGAGGGUGGGAGGGGAGUAG